AUGCUGGCUCAGCGCAGCGGCACAAAAUACACAGCUCUAUUGACAAAACUAAGUCAUUUUUUGAAGAACUUGCUUCAUUGUAAAAGUAGUGCUCGAUACAUGUACCAUUCGACUGUUGUGACCCUCGAGCCAUUUCGGUACAAGUCCAGUAGUAGGUGGACAAAAAGAAGGGGGUGGAGAAGUCUCAUGGCGAUCUGGAGGUGGAUCUCUCUGCUGCUUCUGCUGCCAAGCAGGGGUGAGGAUCUUCCCACCUGGCUCUUUAAGGUCACCUUCGAAGACACCUUGCACUUGUCACCUGGAACGCAGGGAUCCGACUUAGUGGCCGAUGCCACCUUCAAGGAAUUUGUACAGCAGCUCCUCUCUGGAGCCUUGGUCUUGCCGAUGUUCCACUUCGCCCCCAGUGCCUUCACUCUGGACAAUGCCACGGUCUUGGAGGAUGUUCACGCCGAAGCGAUCAACGCACACGGAUCGGUAGGACAUGGGAAGAAGCUGGUGAGAUUUGAGGCGACUCUGACGGUGGGCAGCCGACCGGUCGCCAUGGAAGUGUGGCGCAUGCCCCAACUCUCGUUUGCUGGGCUGGCACCGUGGCGGAAGCUCUACAUCCAAGCUCUGACUGACAUGAGCAUUUAUCAAUGA